AUGGCGGCAUUCAUCCAGCGCCCGCGAGAUCCCAAUACGCUCAGCAAUUACACUGCCUGGGUGUCUCGCCAUGUGACCGCCAACUUGGAGAUUUUUUUUGACCAGAAGAAGCUGGCUGGGAAUGUGGUUCACCAGAUCCAGUCCAAAACUGACGCGCAAUCCCGAGAAAUCAUCCUGGAUACGAGCUAUCUCGACAUUUCCCAAAUCAAAGUCAAUGGCCAAGUGUCAAAAUGGGAAAUCUCACCGCGAUUCGAACCCUACGGAAGCGCUUUGAAAAUCCAGCUUGAGAAUGGCAUUGAACUAGGAGGGUCCGUUGAAGUUGAUAUCUCUCUUCAAACCACUGAAAAGUGUACCGCGCUCCAGUGGUUGACUGCAGCCCAAACAUCGACCAAGAAAUAUCCAUUCAUGUUCUCUCAAUGCCAAGCUAUCCACGCUCGUUCCAUCUUCCCGUGUCAAGAUACGCCGGACGUUAAAACGACCAUUGACUUCAAUAUCAAAUCCCCGCUUCCAGUCGUCGCGAGUGGACUCCCUAUACGAAAUGCCGAGUCGAAGGUUGUUCCUGAAAACAAUGUCUACAAGUUCAAACAGAAUGUCCCAAUUCCCAGUUAUCUCUUCGCGCUCGCAAGUGGAGAUUUAACCGAUGCCCCAAUUGGCCCAAGAAGCGUGGUUGUCACAAGUCCUGAUAGAAUUGACGAAUGCAAGUGGGAAUUCGAGGCAGACACUGAGAAAUUCAUGGAAGCAAUUGAGAAAAUUGUUUACCCAUAUGCAUGGGGCGAAUAUAACGUUCUUGUCCUUCCUCCUAGCUUUCCAUAUGGGGGGAUGGAAAACCCUAUAUUCACUUUCGCAACUCCUAGUUUGAUAUCAAAGGACCGAGAAAAUGUGGAUGUCAUUGCUCAUGAGCUUUCUCACAGUUGGAGUGGGAACUUAGUUACGAAUGCUUCUUGGGAGCACUUUUGGUUAAAUGAAGGUUGGACUACAUAUCUUGAGCGAAGGAUUAUCGCUGCCGUACACGGAGAAGCGUAUCGACACUUCUCAGCAAUCAUCGGCUGGAAAUCCUUGUCAGAUGCCGUUGACAACUUUGGGCAUGACCACGAAUUCACGAAAUUGAUUGUUGACCUCAAGGGCAAGGAUCCCGAUGAUGCUUAUUCGAUUAUACCCUACGAAAAGGGAUUCACUUUCUUGUUUUAUCUCGAAAAUCUCUUAUCUAAGGAAGUUUUCGAUCGAUUUAUUCCACACUAUUUCUCUGUGUUCAAGGGCAAAUCACUUGAUUCUUACGAAUUCAAGGCGACCAUGCUAGAUUUCUUCUCUAGUGAUGCACAGGCAGCCAAGCUCCUGGAUGGUGUAGAUUGGGAUUUCUGGUUUUAUUCACCAGGUCUUCCACCUAAGCCUAAAUUCGACACCUCUCUCGUCGACGUUGUAUACGAUCUCGCAAAGAGGUGGGAGUCAUUACCAUCGGCGGACUUUACCCCAACAGAACAAGAUAUCAAAGGUCUGACUGCUAACCAAUUUGUCAUCUUUCUCGAACAAGUCAUUCUCUUCGAAAAUCCCCUAAGUCCUGAACAAUUCCAAUUGAUGGGUAAGGCGUAUGGGUUUGCUAGUAGCACCAACAUUGAAGUUUCAAAUCUUUACUUUCGACUUGGUCUGAAGAUCGGUGAUAGAGCCGCCAUUGAACCGGCUGUCAAACUCUUGGGCGAGAUUGGCAGGAUGAAGUUUGUUCGUCCAUUAUACCGAGCCCUAAAAGACCUUGACCGUCAAGCUGCUCUCGACGCGUUCGAAAAGCAUAAAGAUUUCUACCACCCUAUUGCCCGCGGUAUGGUAGAAAAGGAUUUGGCAAAGUAA